UACAGUCUACACAAUAGGAACAGAGUAGGUGAUCAAAUGGGCCUGAAGCUGAAGCCCAUUUACAUGCACCCAAUCUCCGUCUUCCAAAUUCUCAUGAUUUUUGCUUUCGUUCGUUGGUGACCAAGCAAGUGCAGAUUGCAACGCCAUGUUGACGAGGAUAAUGGUGCCAGUUCCAUCGCCAUUUUCUCUCCCAAAAAAGCGUUCUUUUUCUUCACAAUGCUCGUUCAAGGUCUCUUUUGACGACAACCAGAGCAAUGAGACUUACUGCUCGAAUUUCUCUCGGAGGCUUGCUCUUUUCCAACUGGGCACAGAACUUUUGGGGACUCUCUCCAGCUAUUCCUCAGUCACAAGUCUUGGGUGUAAAAGCAUCUGAAUUGCUUAGGCCCGCAGAAAGCACGGUCGAAACGAAUAAUGUCAGAAAUGUAGCGGCAAUGAACAGUAAUCUCACUGAGGACAGUGCAUUGCAGUGGGCUAAGAAGGACAAGCGAAAAAUGCUCCAUGUUGUUUAUCGUGUUGGUGAUUUGGACAAGACUAUAAAGUUUUACACUGAAUGCUUUGGAAUGAAAUUAUUGAGGAAACGUGACAUACCGGAGGAGAGAUACUCGAAUGCUUUUCUUGGAUAUGGACCUGAAGAUUCCCAUUUUACUGUUGAGCUAACUUAUAAUUAUGGCGUGGACAAGUACAACAUAGGAAAUGGCCUUCGCCACUUUGGCAUCAGAGUGGACAGUGUAGAAAAAGUUGUGAAUCUCGUAAAGGCAAAGGGAGGUAAAGUGAUAAAGGAACCUGCUCUGCUUAAUGGAAGCAGUAAAGUAAUUGCCUAUGUGGAAGAUCCAGAUGGAUACAAAUUCGAGCUGUCAAAAGAAGCAACUGCUCCUGAGCCCCUACACCACGUAAUGCUUUGUGUGGGAAAUCUCGAUCGAUCAAUAAACUUUUACAAGAAGGCUUUUGGAAUGGACCUUCUCAGCAAACAGGACAACCCUGAAUUGAAGUAUGCAGAAGUUACACUGGGUUAUGGUGCUGAAGACAUGAACCCAGUCCUGAAACUAGCUUACAAUUAUGGGAUCUCAGUAUAUGAUAAAGGAGACGGCUAUGCCCAGAUAGCGAUUGGAACUGAUGAUGUUUAUAAGACGGCCGAGGCAAUUAAACUUUUUGAUGGGAUGAUUGCCCGUGAACCUGGCCCGUUACCAGGUAUCAAUACAAAGAUAACUGUUUGCUUGGACCCUGAUGGCUGGAAAUCGGUGUUCGUUGAUAAUGUUGACUUCCUCAAAGAAUUAGAGUGACUGAAGCAUCGCAGGGGGGUAGAUAGUGAGCUUCUCCCUUGUCCUCUGCCAUGGCAAACGUCGCUCCUCCAUAACCCUUUUGAAGCCUUGCUCGCAGGGUGGUGGCUCCUCUUAACGCUGCACAGUUUGAAGAGUAGAAGUUACACUUGAUUGGAUGGUUGUCGGA